UGGUAGCAUGGGAACGGCAUCCUGAUAGGUCACUUCGUGACCUCUAUUCACGAAGAACAACCUAGUUCAUUGUCGCCGCCACAUUGCCGAGUCUUCGAAGGUCCCAGAUAAUAACAUAAGGAUACUCCUCACUUCUGCACUCAUCAACAUAAGGGCUUAAUUCCCACCAAGGACUCCGCCACGAAACACUCUGGUGACCAGUAACAUCCGGCGUGGUUUCACCAUUCCUCAAUCUUCAUCAUGGCGCCCCUAACAACUGCGCUGACGACUUUACUCAAAGUCCAGCAUCCUAUCAUGCUGGCAGGAAUGGACCAAGUCGCCGGUCCCAAGCUGGCAGCCGCCGUGACUGCCGCCGGAGGCUUCGGAACUGUCGGCGGAGCACGAUACACGCCAAAGAUGCUUAGAGAAAUGCUCGCCGAGCUCAAGGACGAGCUGAAGGCGAGAGGUUGCGAAGGUGCACCAUUUGGAGUCGAUUUACUGCUCCCACAAGUUGGCGGCAGCGCCAGGAAGACGAACUAUGACUACACAAGCGGCAAUCUGGAGGAACUGCUAGACAUCGUGAUCGAACAUGGCGCCACUCUCUUCGUCUCAGCAGUAGGAGUUCCCCAGCCUUGGGUCAUUGAGAAACUACACAAAGCCGGAAUUCUGGUCAUGAAUAUGGUCGGACAUCCCAAGCACGUGCACAAAGCCUGUGCCGCUGGCGUGGACCUCAUCUGUGCUCAAGGAGGCGAAGCCGGAGGUCAUACUGGUGACAUCCCCAGCAUGGUUCUCAUCCCAGCAUGUGCAGAUAUUUGCGCCAAGUACACUUCACCUCUGACCAAGAAGCCGGUCGUUCUUGUCGGAGCUGGUGGUAUCAAUGACGGGAGAAGUGUGGCGGCAGCGAUGAUGCUCGGCGCAAGCGGCGUAUGGGUCGGCACACGUUUCAUCCCAAGCGUGGAAUCCAAAGCACCAGAAGUCUUCAAGAAUCAAGUCAUCGCUGCUGGGUACGACGACUGGGUGAAAUUGGAAGUCUGGUCUGGAAGACCUUUGCGCGCUUUGAGGAAUCCUUACCUUACAGACUGGGAGAAGAACCGACAGGCUGAGAUCAAGGAUCUGACUUCGAGAGGAAUUGUGCCGCUACCAUAUGAGCUCGACCGAUUGCACGCUGCUGGGAAGUUGACAGAUGAGAUUGAGGAUGGUGCGGCUAUGCGACCAGCCGGAAUUGUGGCGGGAUCGGUGAACAAGCCGAACCAGACUGCGAAGGAUAUCGUAACGGAAAUGGUUGACGAGGCGAAGCGCGCACUUGAUCAAGCCCGACAAGUCUCGCAAGGGACCGGGUCAAAAUUGUAG